CGAGGAAAGUAUCUGUGCUCUGCUCUGAGCACCAACUGGCCUACUACUGUACUUAAGAGUAGGCAAAGAUUGAAGUACUAGGAAAUUGAAUUUUUUGAGAAAAAUCUACAACAAUAGUAUCAUCUUCAUGCAUUUCUGCAUCGUUAGAUCGUGACUUGGAAAAAACCAUCCUAGUGAUUUUAUUUUUAAUGAGAAAUUUGACUUGAAAACAGGAAGGCAUUAUGGAAUUGCGAAGGACUUGCCACUGGAAAAUACUACGGGAGGAUAAUAUUUUUUGUCUUUGGCGGACAAAUGCAUAUGUAGUGUUGGUAGUUGUUAUAUUGUUGUUAGUACAGAUGACGGACUCAAUUCGACCGACGGGUCCUUUUAGAAUAGAAGAAACAAUACCAUCAUUAAAUGACAAGAAGAAGGAAAUAGAAAAUCAAACAUCUUUAGACGAAUAUCUACAGGAAUUUUUCCCAAAUCAAAAUAGAUCAGAGGUAGUAUCAAAUAUUGCACAGACCCGGCCGUCGUUCCAAAGGAGGUCGGGAAGACAUAAGGAGAAUAUGUUCGCUAAAGUUGAUCGAGAGGCACAAAGGGUUAAGUGUGGCAAGCCUCGUGAAAUAUUAGUGGAUUCUUACACGGAAUUGGGGUUCGCGAAAGGAUUUGGGACUAAACUUUUUCCAAGUUGUAUUGUGGUAGAUAGAUGUAAAAAUAGCGGUUGUUGCCAAGAAUCUGAAGAAUGUAGGGCGUCAAGAACAAUGAACGUCACACGAGAGUUCUUAAACAAUGGUGAACUUAUAACUAGAACAGUAGCGAAGGAUUUUGAAUGUGAAUGUCGAAAAAAACCAGCAUUCUGCCCGGAGACUAACACAACUUGUCCAGCCGGGAAGCAGUGGAGUGACAGUGCUUGCAAAUGCGUGUGCAAAAAAUGUCCGUCAUUGUUUAUAAUAGAUGAAGAUAGGUGUACGUGUGAUUGUCUUGUUUCCAACAGGUUAUGUAAAAAUCAUGCCAAAGGAAAAAGGUCUAUUUCAACGGAAGAUUGCAAUUGCAUAAAGAGCGGGUUGUGUAAUCCACCGCAGUGUAUAAAUGGACAUUAUGAUGCCGACCUGUGUAAGUGCGUUCAAGAUCAUGUGGAAAGAUGAAAUUUCUAAAUGUUUCCAAAAUCCACUCGGAAAAUUAAAUUAUCGAACAGAGCUGUACUCUGGAAAUCUAUCAAGUAUUUAUUGUGGUAUUGAAAACAUUGCGCUUUUCCGUUGUCUGAGAAUCGGUUUGCAAACUAAAGACUGUGUGGUGAAACAAAGGUUGUUCGCAGAAGAAAAGACAAUGUUUCAUGGCCUCCAAACGGUCCAUAACUUACAAAUACCCAACGAAACAUUCCUAUUAAGUUAUACCAACUCACAAGGUUGUUAAAUGUGCUCGGCAUCUGUCUCCUCAAAUUCCGUUACCAAGUGACUGAGAACUCAGAUAACUGAAUAUACAGAGAUUAUUGGUACGGAAAAGAAGGUGAAAUAAAUACCAAUGUUGGCUGUGUUAAUUGUUGAUUUUUGUGUCUCAAGCAAGAAAAAGAAAAGUAAAUUUAAAAUAUGAGAAAGGACAAUGAAUACAUAUCGAUGAAUGGUGAGUGAUUGUGAGACAAUUUAGCGGCGUAUUGAUACUGAGAAGAUUAUUGCAAUGUCCUGCCGCUUAAUAAAAAUAAUUCCUCAAUAUAAAAACUAAUUACAUAUUUAUUCUGAAAGGUAAAUAGUUGAUGCGAAUGGUUUGUAGCUGAUUGUAAUUUAUACUGUAAUGAUUGUAAAUUAACUGCCAUAUUAUGGUGUAUGUAUAUUAUCUUCGUUGUACAUUGUUUUAAUAGGCUAUGUAUCAGAAAAUAUUUUUUGUACUAUCAAGUUUAUUAGUAGAAUUGAAAGAGUUAGUUUUGAAGAAAGCGGUACUCAGAUGUUAUAAAGCAAUUUGCGUGCAAAAUGUUUUGCCGAAUGCCUGAUCGAUUCUUGUUCAAAAUAAGAUGAGAAACAGAUUUAGCAAAACGAAAUCUAAUCCUCAAUUCGAAUCACAAUUUUUAGUUUUUACACACAAUACCCAUAGCGCCACCAACGUUUAGUAUUUGGCAGGUUUUGACGCGAUGUGGCGUACUGUAUUUUUUCAUCCACACGUACUUUCUACGCUGCUUGGUAGUCAUCUGUCUACGUUUGUAAGUAAAAAACUAUGAUUAUGUUAGUCAAAGUACAGAAAGCUAAGGACACGCCUCCCUGUUUUCAUUUAGCAAUUUUAUGCUAAGUUGGAUAACAACAUAUGCGUGCCCGUUAAGGAACACGAGCAAAAAACGUGUUCACAUUGUCGUUUUCUAGCCUAUAACUACGUGUACGCCUAAAUCUAUUUAUGUGUACAGUCUUUUAGCUGUAAAUUUCUGGCGAACCCUCUCCAAUACUAAAGCUCUGUUCACAUUAUCAAGUUUUAUAUGACAAAUAUGUGAGACUUAUACCAUGGGUGCAAUGAUAUAUCACGUCCAUAUAUGUGCAUAGUGAUGUCAUAUAAUACCCAUAGGCCUAUAUGGGCAAAUCAGGUAUUUUUCACGUAAAAUAUUAUAGAGCUUAAAGCUAACAAAUGUUGACAAAUUGAAAUAUAUUCAAUCUGCAGUAAGCACAUAAAUUAGACCAAACACUAUCUUAUCAAUUUUAAAUUAUGAGUAAAUUUGAAUUAUGGAUUUGUUAUUAAUUUUAUGGUUUUGUUUACAUUAUCUUUACGUUUGAUUUUGGCGCCCUCUUUUUUGCAAAUAAUUAUGAUAAGGUUAUGGUAGUUUGUUUCUCUUGAUCUUGUAUUCCCUGAUGCCACUGGCAGACAAUGGCUUGACUUAAACAUUAUCAUUCUGUAUAACCAUAUAUCAAUACAAAUUUGUAUAUAAAAUUUGAAAAUAAUAUUUAACAAUUUAUCGUAUCAACAUAGACCUACUAUGUAGAUAUCACAUGACUACAUUACAGUGUGGGUUGCUCAUAUCGUAACUAGCGGAAAAGGCUAAAUAAUAGUUUAUUCGAGUUAAGGCCAAGUCAGCGUCGUACGACGCAGCCCGACGUGAUUUGUUGUCGCAUCGGGUCUGUGUGAGUAAAACGCUGACUCGAUAAGCUCGGUUUCCAUAGAAUCGCUCACCCUAUCGGCGACAGUCGCCGACAGUUGUCGGAAAGGUUGAACAUGGUUUAACUUUGCCGAUUGCGUUACAGACGAAUCAGGGUGGUUCCCGAUUGCGUCAGGGCAGUUCCUAUGCGUCCUGUCUGCAACGAAAUCGGCAAAGUUGAACCAGAUUCAACCUUCCCGACAUCUGUCGGCGACUGUCGCUGAUAGGUUGAGCGAUUCUAUGGAAACCGAGCUAUAGGUUUGCGUCGGGGACACUCGCGUCGUAGAAUAUUUAAACAUGUUUAAUGUUCUCACGACGAUCUAAAGACUGCUCCCGACGAUACAUUGCGUCGGGCUGUGUCGUUCCACGCUGUUUGAGUUGGCCUUUAACCGCUUAUAAAUAUUAGUAUUUAUAUUUAAAAAAAUUUAAAAAACUUGAUAUAUGCUCUUCGAUCGGUGGCUUGAAACAUAUUUUCAUAUCAUACAGUACAGUAUUUCUAUAUUUAACUUGAAUUGUGACGCAAUUUUCUUUAGUUUACGCAUGUCUCAUCAACUUUGACCGCAGUCUGUGUACGACUAGUCUAAUCAGAUGCUUUAAUCAUAAUCUGUUACUUGAGCUUUUAAAAUAUAUUUUAAUUAGUAUUAUUCAUGAUGGAAAUUUGCAUCUGAUAAUACAAAACUUUAAAUUAUAUGUUUGUUUAUUUAUUUAUGUAACUAAAAAUAGUUGAUUAAAACAUACGAUGUCCCGGUAUGUA